UAUCAGCUGCUGGGUGGGGAUAAAAUGCACAUUCCCUCCCCAACCUGUCUGUAGUCUCAGCUCCUGGACAGGCACAGAGCUCUCAUGGUGCUCUGGGUGAUUCUCCUCUGUACCUUGGCGUCAUCCCUGCUUGGUGGGCUCUAUGUCCUGGGUGUGUUUCGGAGACGGAGACCCAAUGAGCCGCCCCUGGACAAAGGCACCGUUCCCUGGCUGGGCCAUCUGCUGGAAUUCAGAAAGGACAGCUCAGAGUUUCUCAAAAGGAUGCAGAGGAAACACGGGGAUGUUUUCACGGUGCUGAUCGGCGGCUAUUACUUCACCUUUGUGAUGGAUCCCUUCAGCUUUGGCACCAUUGUGAAGGAAUCGCGGUCUAAACUGGACUUUAGGACUAAUGCCGCUCAGCUGGUUGCGCGGGUUUUUGGCUACAAGCCCACCCAAGCCACUCAUAGCUUAGUUCAUGCAUCAAGCAUGAAGCACCUGAUGGGAGACGGCCUCACUGUCCUCACACAAGCCACCAUGGAGAGCUUUCGGAAGCUGCUGCUUUUCAACCUGAGCUCGGGAGAGAGGAGAGAGUGGCAGGAGGAAAACCUCUUCCACUACUGCUACAACAUUGUCUUCAGAGCUGGGUAUCUGGCUCUGUAUGGCACCGAGCCAGCCCGAGGGGCAGGGAACAAGGAGAAAGCUGAAGAGCAGGAUCGCCUCUACUCCCAACAGCUCUUCCAGGAGUUUCGGAAGUACGACCGCCUCUUCCCUCACCUGGCCUUUGCUCUGUUGCCUCCCAAGGACAAAAGAGAAGCUGAGCGUCUGAAGAGGCACUUCUGGAACGUGCUGUCUGUGAAGAAGCUCUGGCAGAAGGACAAUAUCAGUGGCUGGAUAAGUGAUCAAGACCAACUUUUGGCAGAAAACCAUAUCCCCGAGUAUAUGCGGGAUCGUUUCAUGUUCAUGCUCCUCUGGGCAUCCCAAGGCAACACGGGCCCGACCGCCUUCUGGCUCCUCUUGUAUCUGCUGAAACAUCCAGAGGCUCUGGAGGCUGUGAGAGAUGAGGUGGAUAAAGUCUCGAGGGAGAGUGGGCAGGAAGUGAAGGCAGGGAGCCCCCCAGUUACUGUCACUCUGGACAUGCUGAGCCAGACUCCUCUGCUGGACAGUGCCCUGGAGGAGACCCUGAGGCUGGUGGCAGCCCCAAUGCUGGUCAGAGCUGUCCUGGAGGACACCUGCCUGAGGACAAGCAGUGGGACAGAGCUCACCCUCCGCAAGGGGGACAGGGUGGCUCUGUUCCCACACAUCUCCGUGCAGAUGAACCCAGAGAUCCACGAGGAGCCUCACAAAUUUAAGUACGAUCGUUUCGUAAACCCAGACGGGAGCAGGAAAGAUUUCUACAGAAACGGGAAGAAGCUGAAAUUUGUCAACAUGCCUUGGGGGGCAGGAGUUUCCACCUGUCCCGGACGGUUCUUUGCUACUGCUGAAAUGAAAUUGUUUGUGUUCUUGAUGCUGAGUCAUUUUGACCUGGAGCUGGUCAAUGGGGAGGAGGAGAUCCCGGCCAUAGACAUCAGCCGCUGGGGAUUCGGGACGAUGCAGCCUGUCCACGACAUUCGGUUCAGAUACCGGCCACGCUUUUAA